CUUAUUAAAUAGAGAUAAUGGAAUUUGAAGUAGAGAAUGAAACAAGUUUUCAAAAUUUAUUACUUUCAAGAUUUGAAUGUUUUCGACAAGUUCUGAUUGAAAAAAAUAAAGAUGUCAACUCAAUGGAAAAUGACUUUAACACAAUUCAACAGAUGUUUCAAAACUGCACUAAGAGCUUUCCGAAGAAAAUCAGAACUUCGAAGAUGUCAACUGAAAGCAUUAGAAACAUAUCUGCUCUAACAGAAUCGCGCCGGAGAACCCAAAAUAGUACUAUGAAGGUUGCAGAUACUUGUGACAUUGGGUUGCUGGAUUUGUCACCUAUUCCCUGUUCACAAGAAAACAAUCCCAACCUUGAAUGCCAAAAUAAAGUUUUACAAGACGAGCCUAGACUUGAAGAAAUAGAAGAUGCCAGUGACAUUAGCAGUGACUUAAGCAUUCAUACAGAAAUUACGAAUGCUACGAGCUGGCGACGACGCUCAUGUGAUAAAUCAAGUAAUAAUAUAAGCUCACAAAUUGAUGAAUUUGCUAAUGAUGAAAAACAGACGCCUUUAGAUGGAAAAGAAAUCAACUUAGAUGGUCCAGAACUUAACUCGACGCUUGUUAAAGUUAACUCUACCUUUAUUGUUAGUAGUCAAGAAAAUAAAAAUCUAGGAAAUAGGUCAAACAAUGUCCUAGAACCUCCACGUCCUACCAACGAACAUGAAAUAAUGGACGGAUUAUUUGAUGGCAGAAACGAAAGCGAAAAUGCAUGUGACAAUUUAGGAGUAAUUGAUGAAAUUUUCAGUACCAAAGGAGCUAGUUGUUGCUCUCAGAGUCAAAAUAGAGACGAAAAUUGCGACUCUCCGGGUCUUUCUAUGCUUUUAUCGAGAACAAAUUCUGAUCCAGCUGAGGUUGGAACCGGAAACAAUGAAGCUUCAACUGAAGAAAGCCAGAGCAGAGCUGGAAAACAAGAUAGUAUGGGUCCGUCGUUUCUUCUUGCAACCGGAGACUCGGAUAUCUGCAAUACUAGCGACUCUUCAUUAGAACCAACUGUUGUUCAAACAGACACUGAGGUGUGUGACAAUAUAAACGAAUCAAGUGAUCAGAGCAACCAAGUUCUCUUAAAUCCGGUUGCAUCUGAAGUUUCUCCUUCAAGAAGAUCAAGCGUGUUGGCGCCCGUUGGCGUGACUUUUCUCCAAGAAUCGGCAAAAACGAACAGUAUAAAACAGGAUCUAACCCAAGUUACAAAGAUGGAUUUUACCAGGAAGUCGUUAAUUGAUGGGAACAUUUCGAAGUUGAGUCUUUAUAACAGUUCAAAGAGCAAACAAGCCAGGAGCUCAGAAAUGCGACAAUCAAACGGCGACGUUUCUCAUUUUCGGAGAAGUAGUAAUUUUUUUCCUGUUAACAAUUCGUCUAUGCAGAAUAUUUCGGAAGUCGAAACAGAUUUGUUCGUCGAUUCUCUGACCCCAUUUUCGACUGAUAUUUCGAAAGCCAGAAAAGAAAAGUCUGUGGAUGUGCAAAAUAAUGAAAAUGAGUCUCCAAGGCAGUCUCUGCGAAUUAACAGUUGUAGUGUUGGGAUAUCUAUCGAUAACACGCUCACAGAAGUAUCAGGUGUAAACCGAACCAGAGAUAUUUUGAGGCCAAGGUCAAAAUCGAAAUCAAGUUUUAGGUCUAGAAGCAACAUCGGGCAACGAAAUAGUUCAUUAUCUGAAACUAGAACAAGAAAAUCAGGACUGCAAGCAAAUGUCUCAAUUCCUGAAUCGAAUGAAAUUCAAACAAGAAAAUCGAAUGGUGAAGAAAUUUCAGUGGGGCUAUCCAUUACAAAGUCUGCAAGGUCGCUAUCGUCAGAAAAUGCUAAAAGCCGAACUACAAAUGGAGAUCGAAACUCGGCGUUGUCACUUUUUGCACCCUCUUCCCUUUCUAUCCGAGCGAAUUCCGAAGCUUUUGAUGCUGCAAACGUAUUUGCAGAUCAGCAGGUGGUCAAUGAGUGCUCUAAGUCCGAGUCAAUCGGUUUAUUUGAUGGAAAUAACUCGAAACCUUCAGAAAUCAGCAAUUUCUUGGAAGAAUUUUCUAGGUCCAAUAUCUUUGAAAACAGUAUCCGGACUAAUAAAAACGAAAGAGCCGUAGCCAGAAAGGGUUCAGUUGUGAGAAAGGUUUCGGAAGCAACUAUUAAAGAAGCAUCGGAGCUGCAGUUAUCCGGUUUGAAUGGAACCGAAGGCAGAGUAUCGUUAUCGUUUUCGCGGAAUGAUAUUUCAUCAAGCGAGGAUGCGAGGCGUUCUGAUUCGAUACUCUCUGGUUUUGAGAGUUUGACUGAAGUUGUUGCUAAAGAUAAACCAGCUGCCCAGCCAGAAAAAUCCGAAGAAUGUUCAGGUUCCUCAAAUUUUUCUGACAAAAGUGUUUCAAAUGAUACGUUUAUACGCAGAAAUAUAAACGAUACUUUACGAUCUAGGUCCAGUCAUAGAGCGGAGAGAAGCUAUUCAGGCUUAGUUGAAAAUCAUGGAUCUGAAAAUACCGCUUCGCCUGGAAAAACAGAAUCUGGUGAUACUCAUGGUACCAGGAAUUCAUCGCGAAGUACGGCGUCAUCUUCAAGGUCAAAUGUCGCUUCAAGGUCAAGUGGGAGAUCAAAUUCAACACAAUCUCAAUUGAAGUCAUUCUCUGAAAUUGGUAAGGGGAUCUCUCGCACGCCGUCAAAUAAACUACAAAAUGAAGAAAGUAGCUUGCACUUUUCUGAUACAAAUAAGAGCUCACUGGAAAGUUCUGUGUUUGGUUAUAGCUCUGAACAGUCUGUGAAAAGUCGUGAAGAUGAAAAUGUUGAACAAACCUCUUCUAAAGAGUCGUUAAAAGAAUCACAGGAGAUCGAAAACAUCGGGAGUCCAAAUUUAGACAGCACCGAAUACAGUCAGAAUGUAUCUCAGUCUACGAGAUCUCGCAAACAGGUAAUCGAACCAAGCUAUACUUUGCCUUCGUUAGAUUCAGGACUGGAGCAAUCAAAAAGAGCCAUAAAGUCUUCGUCUUUGUCAGACCAGCCAGAUAAGUCGUCCUUAAAGAGAAAAUCGAAUCGCAGCGAAGAAUCACUGGAACGAAUAUCUCAAAGAAAAUCGAGAAGGUCAAAAUCUUCUGAAAGUGGACAAGGUUACAGGGCUAGUGCUGUGUCCAUUAUAUCUAAACGGAAAAACCUCACGAAGAAAGAUCGAAGUUCUGCUAUUUCUUUAUUUGAUGUUGAUGCCGCUAAUAAAACAGCAGAAAAAAGUCAAUUUCUAAAUGAACUCUCUAAUAGCCGAGAGUUUGAAUACAGUAUCAGAGCUAAUGGAAAUGUAAGGGUUGCCAAAACUGCUAAUGCUGUAACAAAUAACAUUUCUGUGGAUUCGAAAAAUACUUCGGAGAUCCAGUUGUCAGAUGUAAAUGGAACCCGUGAACGGUUUUCUCGUCGAAACUCUUUUAAGGCUUUUGAUUGUCAUGUAAACCCAUACGCUUUGAUGGUAUCAGACAUGGAGAAUGUAACUGAGAAUAAUCUGGCCAAUGAAGCUGACAUUUGUGAAAUGCAACCCGAUGAAAAAAGUCGAUCGCAAACAACGAGCGUUCAAAUGUUACAAAACUCGGCUGUUGAAGUUAUGGCUGCAGGUAAUGUCGACUCCGGAUGUCAAAAUGAAACUGCAACUGGAUCUGACGGGAAGCCGAUACGUUUCUCAGAUUUGAGCGAAGAGAGCGCUGAAAGUGAAAGGAAAGAAAUCAACGCAACGGCUGAAAAAAUUAUCCAAAGUGAAGAUCCCACAGAAAAAAGUGAUAAGGUGAUUCGAGCGUUUAUAGAAAAAGACGUUACGGGUGGAUCAAAUUGCGUCAAUAAGGAAAAUUUGUUUGUAGAUCCAUUUUGUUUUGACACCAAUUCGGUUACAGCAGUUACAGUUUUGUCUCAGCAAAAUUCGUCAAAUAAAACACCGACUUCGAUUCCACUGAGAAGCACUAAAAGAAGUAGACGAAGCGUCUCUUUUGCGGUUACUCCCGAGGAACAGCAGGAUCCACAGACAUCGGCAAAUGAGGAACCCAAAGGUGUCAGUUGUCAAGUAUCAUUUCGAAAACCCACACCUCACAAGAGGUUGAGCAGAAAAUCUGUUGGUUUGCAAACAACAGUUAGAAGAAGUAUGUCCUUUAUCAGACGCGAGGAUUUUGAUCGGCAUGAAAACGUAGAAACACAAGUUGGGUCCAGCUUGUAUUACCCCAGAAAAAGUGAAGUUACAACAAUUUUUCGUUAUCUCAGUUUUGGGAACCAUACUGAAAGAAAUCCGGGAGAACUUACCAAUACAAACGAGAAAGAACAAACUACUUUACGCAGAGAAGAGAAUAUAAACAAAGAGUUACCGAGAAUUCAAAGCGCGCCUGAAAAGACAGGUAAUGAAAAAGCUUUUGGAUUUGAAAACCAACAAAAUCGAUCCUUUUCUGAUGGCAAAUCAUCAGCUUCUAAGAGUCAAGAUUCAAUUCGUUCAAGCAAAAGAGGCCUUGUUCCCAGAAAGUACCCUGGAGUUAUAGCCUCUUUUGCGAUAAAAAGCAACUCAAAGCUCAUGGAAAAAAGUAAAAGAAAACGAGCACUAUCCAAAGACAAAGAGCGUAUUGAAGCGAAACGAGGCUGCACUGCCCAGGAACCUUUGCCGCCAAGUACGACAAUAACAACAACCGAAACUUCUGAUUUACUUUCUGUAUCUAGAACAAAUAUAAAUUCGACAAAUUAUCUAGCGGGUGACGAAAAUACGCGAGGAAUUGAGACAAAAUCAAAGCAAAUUCAUGAUAAAGCAACCAAACAAAAUGCAACAAAAACAAUAGCAAAAGGAAUGAAAAGGACCAAAAAAUACGAUCGAAAGCUUGGACAAGAUGGCAGUGCAAUGGAUCAUGAGAAUCACGGCAAUAUUGGCGAUAAUCAUUGCGUGAAUGAUUUAGAGGAUUAUAGCAGAUUUUUCGCCGAGCUCAGACAGAGAUCUCCGGCUAAAUGGCCGAAUGGAAGUCCAGUUAAUUCAACUAAAAUAAAUAUUAACUCGGCGCCCGGAAAACAAGAAACCGAUGAGCAGAAGCGAAGCAAGGGUGUUUACUACUCGUUCGUAAGAAAUGGACAGAAAUAUCACGUACGCGACUGGCGUACCACCUGGUGUAGCUUGAGUAGAACGAAGGGGCCCAGAAAAGAGGAAUUGGAAGAAGUUUGGAAGGAACUGAUGAAGAGAAACAAGUUUGUUACCCUCGGCGAUGUUAAACCUGUUUUGAAAGAUUUCAAGAUGAAAAUCGAGUUAGCGGCACAAGAUUGGAGCGCAUUCAUUAAAGAAAUUGUUUAUUGCAAAAAGAAUACAAUCAGUGAGAAGCCUGGAAUUAAAUUAAACAUGCUGAAGUUUUCCAGUGGUGAAUUCAAGGCGGAAGAGAAGAGGAAGUUGGAUGAUAUUGACAUCAUCGGCUACGUGUGUAGUCACUGUGCCAUAAAUUAUGGCCAAAAACGUGAUUUAGCCGUUAAAAAUUUAUGUCGGGAUCUUGUGGACCAGCUGCAUGUCCUUCUCGUCGAAACAAGACAGUCAAGAACAAAGAAAACCGGUAGACCGAAGAAACCAGCUGAGCAAAAUCAGAGAUGAGAAAACUUAGAGUAUAAUGAAAUUAAACUCAAUUAAAUUUUAUAGACUUGUGAUUUGUUAGAAUGGAUUGUCUCGCGCCAAGUUCGGAUGUUGUGUAAAUUGCAGCUGCUAUAUUUUUCAUUCGUGUUUUGGUUGUUGAUUGUCGGUUGUGUUGAGUUGUUUUUGAACUAAAUUCAUUUUGUUCUCUUUCCAUUGAUUUUGGCAUCAGGGGGUUCAAAAUCUACAAACAGGAAAUUGUUUUUUUUUCCACUUAGUUUUACGAUACUUCAAAA